AUGGCAGGUGCGAAUGGUAAGGUUGGUGCAUUCGUUUAUUUUGGAAUCGCGGAUGCUCUUCGAAAGUGUAUAAAUAUUGAUUUACACGAACAAAAUGUGAUUUAUAUUACAAUCAAUAUCGAUGGAAUGUCAUUGAAAAAGUCGGGCUUCUUAGAUAUGUGGACUAUUUUAGGAAAAGCGCAUUUUAAUCCUGAUAUAUAUCAAGUUUUUCCAAUUGCUAUAUACUGUGGCAAAGAAAAACCGAGGCUAGAUCCGUUUCCGGAAGAUUUUAUAAAUGAAGUUAAUGUUCUUCAGAGAAAUGAUAUUACAAUUUUCAACAGAUUGUUCGACAUCCGUUUGAAAUGUUUCACUUGCGACACACCUGCAAGAGCAUUUUUGAAAUGCACUUCAGGGCACGGUGGAACUUACGCUUGUGAAAGAUGCGAAGUUGUCGGUGUUAUUGAUACAUGA